AUGGCGAACCGUACGCCAAUCGAUAUGCCUAUUCCGGGCACUAAGCAAGCACCAUUCUUCAAAGGGAGAUGGUACGAAGUCAUCCCCUUCCUCGAUGCCUAUGAGCAACUCAGCACUGUCAACAACCUGGACAAUACCACGAAAUGCACUUACCUAUUGAGGUACUGCCCUCGACAGGUCGCCGAAGUCAUCGAAGGCAUGCGCGCCUUUCACGCGCGCAAUUGGCCGAACCUUCGCGCUGAAAUAGAAGAGCAAUUCAGUGCCGAUAGAGCAGACAGACGUUUUGAAAUUCAAGACCUAGCUCACGAACUCAAACGAUCUCGGCGCGGACAUAUUCGCAACAUAUACAGCUUCCGCAACUAUCUUCGGGAGUUCGGACGCAUCGCCGGAUGGCUCCUAGACAAAGGAAAGAUCAGCGAACGCGAACACGACUCGUAUUUUUGGGCAGGACUGCCGCGCGAAACUUACAAAGAACUGGAGGCCCGCAUUCUCCUCCUCAAACCGAGUAUCAGCCGCACCGAACCUUACCCGAUUGACAUGGCAAAAGAUGCUGCUCGGUUUAUCUUUGAUCGCGACACCUUCGAUCCUAACCGACAUGUCAACCUUGUGACGUCGGAUGACGAAGACGCACCGUUGGAUCCUCGAAGAGAAAGCGACCGAGGAGAUUGGAGCGAUUCCGAUAUCACGGAUGAAGACGAAUACAUUAGAUGGCGCCCGAGGCAUGACCGAAAGAGAAGGGAGCGCCGAGAACCUCGAACGAAGUCGGAAGAACCCAAGAGAGGCCGCAAGACGUCGCCAAGGAUCCGAUCCCGGUCGCCUGUUGCGCGCGAAGAUGCUCGUCGAACCCUGUACGAGUUAGAGGAAGAAGAACAUCAGGCACGACAAAUGGAUGAAGUCGAAGCGAUCGUUCACCAGAUGGCCGGCUUGAAGAUAAAUGAUCCGCGCUAUGCAUACUAUUUCCGAGAAGUCACAAGGAUCGACCCAUCUCUCGGAAAGAUUCUAGUCGCACCGGCAUUAGCGCAAAGUCGUCAAGUUAUGACGGCGUUCACUCACGAAGAAGAAACGCGCCGCCCUCUCGCGCAAGCACCACCGGCAUACCCGUACUUUCAUACGCGGCCUCCGCCGUUCUCGGCAACCUAUCCAACAGCCAGCCGGCCUCCGUUCCCGAAACAGAUGACCACGUACCCGCGAACGUGCUUCGGAUGUGGCGAGUCCGGCCACAUGAUGGGCGAUUGCGCCAAGAUGGAGAAAUUGUUAGCUGCCGGCACUCUGCGCAGAGACAUGAGAGGUCGUCUCAUGAUGGCCGACGGUCGUCGAAUUAUACGUGUCGACGGCCAGCCUCUGGUCCAGAUUAUCGAAGAAAUGGCUAAGUCCGGACCGCCGCAAUCGAUGUUCAUUCAAGUCCGCGAAUAUACCGGCUAUGAGCAGGAAACGGCGCGUCUGGAAAGCAAGGACCGAACGGAAGAAGAGUCCGACGAGGUAUAUGCAAGCGAGGACGACAACAGUAAAGAAGAGGACACCGGCUUCGUGUAUGUCGGAGCAGCCAAGAAGCGCCGGUUAGACGCAGUCGAAUUACCCGUUCGAGAGCGGCCAAGGAAGGCGAAAGUUGUUCGUUUAGACCCCCCGGAGCCGAUGAUGUUCGAUCCGGCUAACGAUGAUCACAUUAUGGAGGAUGAACCGAUGAAAACGAAGGCGACUCACCCGGAGAAGCCUAGAGAGAUAGCUCGAUCGGCGCUGGCGAAGCAUGUUGAUGCCGAAGCCUUGUAUACCAAGCUUCUCAAGACACCGCUCGUCGUAUCAGUGGAGGAGUUGCUGGCUGGAAAUAGAGAGAUCGCCGGCAAGUUAGUACGCGACAUGAAGAUAACACGCGCACACGCACCGGAAGGCCCACCCGCAGCCGUUCACGAAGCCAUAUUCCAUCCCACUAGCGUAUCAACUUCGCCUCAUGGCCCGCUAAUCAAAGUCUUCGUGAAAUGCGCCGGACACGACGUGGAGGCGAUCAUUGAUACAGGCUCGCAGAUGAGCAUCCUAAACAAGAAGGUCUGGGAUCAGCACGUCAAAGUACCUCGGGAUAUGCGGGAGACUGCGAAGAUGGUCGAUGCGAGUGGAAAUGUCAAGAUCCUGGAAGGGAUUUGCCCCGAUGUCGUCGUACAAUGCGGAACGGCGGUGACAACGGCCAACCUAUACGUCGGAGACAAAGUACCAUUCGAUUUGUUACUCGGACGCCCUUGGCAAAUCGAAAACAGACUCACCAUCGACAUGCGCAAAGACGGCACUUUCCUAGUCUUCAAGGAUGAACAAGAUCGCGUCUACGCCGUCGUACCCGUCCCCCAGAAUGCGCGCGUCAUCCGAUCGCCAGUACGAGCCGCUUUCAUGAUGGAACUUCAAGAUGUCGAUCAGCGCCGCGUUGGCGGAGUAUCCCAAGCUGAAGAGGCAGAGAUUAUAGCGCAAGAGGAAGAGGCCGGAGAACGAGCGCCAAACGACAUAGAGGAAGACGAGAUAGAGAAUACGGACUUAGAGCUGCACGACGCGCGACACGGCCGAGCACGUGCCGAGCAUGCCGAAGUCACCGGCAACUCCGGCGCCCCUACAGGCAUAACACUCCGAUCAAAGUCCGACGACUUCACGCGUCGCGGUGCGUAUCCAAAGCCGCCGUUUGACUGUCCUCCACUUCCGAUUCCCUAUGUCGACUACGGCACCGCUCUCGAUGGACACUGGCUCCUGGAUUCGAUGGGACUUACGAGCUGCUCUCCGACAAGUUUCUCGGUCCCCUGGGCCGCUCUUUCCGUCGAUCUGGAGGGCUUUCACAUCAAGGCACUCCUCUAUCCGGCAGCAACUCAUACGGUUAUACACUCUCGUAUCGCUGUAGCUCUGGAUCACUCGAAAGAUCGGACCUUCUGCCUGGACGAUACUGGGGAUUUCUGCCUGUCGAGACUAGUCUGGGAUCUCCCGAUCAAGAUCCGCAACUAUCUCCUCCCGAUCAACGCCUACAUCACCCCCAGUCUACCGGUCGAUUUGCUGCUAGGACGAGACUGGCUACAACGAAAUCCGCUAGGACUAGUGACUAUCGACAAAGUCCCCAUCCUCACUAUCGCCGGCGGCAUGAAGAUCUUUAUGGAAUCGUCCGCGAAGGAUCUUGACGCGGUCUCGACUGAACUUCACCUCGAGCAAAUCGAGGUAGACCAUAAUCACAUCUAUCGCCGCGAUGUUAUUACUGUCAGGCAGCCGCUACGAACAAAUCUGAUAUCUACAGAAAUCGCAACGCAUCCGACGCAUAGAGAAAUGUCGGACGCUCACGACGAGGAGCGAGCGCACACUGCAAUCGCGAGCUCAGCGAUAUCGGAUGAAGUCUCCGCCGCGUUUGGGCUCUUUGCGAUGGCUCACACCGAUCCCACACCGCGCUUCUAUCCUUCCCACUGUGCCGCUAUUCCCGUCAAAGUUUUCGGAAAGAAGGGGAACUCUAUAUUAGCUUUGAUUAACACCCGUGCUACUGUCAAUCUCAUCCACCAACGCCUAUUCGACACGAUCCGAUCUCCACCGCCGUCUAACCUAGGAGAACUCGUCAUACACGUUUCGCCGGAGAAAGAGAUACCGGUCAUCGGCCGCGUCUACGAUUUCCGAUUGCGAGGCCCUUGGGGAGAAUGGACCUCGAGCGACUUCUCGAUCGUUAACGAAGGCCAAUAUGAUCUUGUCCUCGGAACACCGUGGCUGCUUGAGAAUAAGAUAGAGCUCGUGCCGCCACCAAGUCCCGGGUCGGCGCCAUCUCUUACUAUGCGCGGACGAACGGUCGCAGCAGCUGAACGCACGAGAUCGCGGCAACCACGUAGCCCGGAGCCGGAAGUUCCAGGGCGUAUCUACGGCAUCCAACCCGACUUCUCGGAGGCUACACUCGACCAGGUCAUUCUCUCUCAGGAACCUAUUGCGGAUAGCGGCACAAGACUCCCGUCGCCUGUACCAAGAGAUCCGCCGCUCGUUCCGACCGAUCUCGUUACGAGCUGGGGCACUAUCCCCGUCAAAGUACUAGGAUUCACUAUAUACGCUAUCAUCGACUCCGGCGUCCAGCUAAACUCUAUCAAUGAGGAGAUCUGGAAGCAUUCGAAAACGCCGCUUACCGUCACAUUCGACUCUGAGAACUGCCCGGACUCGAACCGACUAUCUAUCGGAGCCAUAUUCGACGCCUCUCUUGAACUCGCCGGCAUGCAGACCGUUGCUACGCUUAGCGUAGUGCGGAACCUUCAUGUCGAUCUCAUUCUCGGUGCCGCCUGGCUCGGAACGAACUCGAUUACCGUAUGCGCGGAAGGCGCGAAGCGCCUAGGUCUUAUCUUUCCGGAUUUGAUCACCGUAGCACGCCUAGGAGGAAACGGCGUCGAUGUCGAUAAAGUCUCGCGAGACCUAUUGAAUCGCGAUCGAAUAAGGCCGGACGAUGACGAACUGUCCGACAUAGAUUUAGGCUCACGGCCUUCCUCGCCGGUACCAGAUCGGCAAGACUCAGGCAACAUCGUAUGGCGCUUCUGGAAAGGGAUGGUCCCUCCUCCGCGCAGCCUAGCCCGGAACGAUACCGAUAUUCCGCGAUGGGGAACGCGUCGCGUCCGCGUAUUCGGAGAAGAACUCACCGCUGUGAUCGAUCCCGGUGCGAAGUUCAGUACUAUCCGGUUCGCGCUCUGGAACAAGCACAUGGCGAAUCACAUCCACCGGCAGUCGGUAACGCAAGACAUCCCGGCGUACCUUCAUACGCCGAAAUGGGGUCCCGAAGAGCUAUUGGAUCAAGAUCCUACUGUCAAGAUUACAUUGGACGCUCACCUCGUAACAUGGGGAUCUCUCUACCUCAACCGCCUAUCGACUUGCGACCUCAUUCUAGGCGCCGAUUACUUACUUGAAAACUCGCUUAUGCCCGUUAUCGGACCUCAAGGCCGUCUUUGCUUGAUGCACGCGGAAUCGACUCGCGUAUUCGAGCUAGAACCGACGCGAUUUGCUCUCACCAAGUCAGAAGAAGAUUCCGGCGAGUGGGAACGACAUUCUGCAUGGGGUCUAUACGAGGAACCAAGUGCUCACCUUGCGAGCGAUCGGACGAUACACUCGUAUCCGCACAACCGUGCACGACAAGGUUCAUCGACGCCACUAUCGAGCGAUGAGGAAUCCUUGCAACCGGCAGCAUUAGUCGCGUACUUGCAAGCAUGGGAGGAUGUCGAAGAGUACAGCUCACCGUCCGAUACCGAUCUCAUCACCGUCGAAGAUUCCGGACUCACCGACGACAUUGCCUCACUAGCGGAUGAAGAACUAUCGGACGACCCAUUCUCCGGCGAGGAGAAUGACGACGAUUCCGACGACUACGAACGCAUGCCGCUGCUCCAGCACUCAGGCGAGUCUUUCUUUACCUUCGAAAGAAAAGACGACGCUGCCCUGCCCGAACAUGGAUGGUCAACAGAAUCUCUUGGCGGCAGCGCGUACAACUCGUCGCCGCAGAGCUUCGUUAUCGCAAACGGCUCGUCGCCGUCGUUUAGCCCGUUCUUGUCUAGCGGCGACUCGUCCGCCGCCCUCUCGGACAAAGAAGACGACCCUACCGAAACAGAUGCGACUCGGCCGCUAUCCGACGAUGAAUCAACGCAUUUCGUGCUAGCCACAAGAGAGGCGGGACCGCACCGAUCCGGAACGAACGAGCAAGGCACCUACUCCGACUGGAUCUUCCAACGCGCCACGGUCACUCAGCUGGACGAUCUACACGCCCCUCCGUUGACAGGGUAUGGAUACAUUCGCUUAUAUGAAGAGAUUUCCCCCCGUUCUCGUUCUCUGUUAUCCAUUCUUUAA